AUACCCAUUUAUAGUCAAUUUGAUCAGUUUGUGUGUAUAGUUAUGGCAGAUAUUAAACCUAAAACGGCAAUCAUGAAUUUAGAUAAAGAAAUGUAUCCGGAAAUGAAUUUUUUGUUGAAUACUGCGGAAAGUGAUGUCAAGUUUGUCAUCAAUGGUGAAGAAGUUCCGGCAAUAAAAGCGGUGUUACGUUUGAAAAGUGAUGUCUUUAGUGUCCAGUUUUCGGGCAAUUGGCGCGACUCGGAGGACACUGCCGUUGAGAUCGUGGACACCACUCCGGAAGCCUUCAAAGUUAUGCUCGGAUUUAUAUAUACCGAGCAAUUGGUAUUCAAUGAUAACAAAGACGUCGAUCACAUACACCAUGUGCUGAAACUAAGCGAAAAAUAUCAAUUGAAACGAUUGAAAAAACUUGUUAUCCAACACAUCCUAUCCAUACUAACUGUACAUAACAUUCAACUGGUCGGCCAAUUGGCGUUUGACUAUGAAUUGGAUGAACUGAUCGCUGCCGUCAAGACAUUAAUUGAUGAAAAUUUUAAACAAUUGUUGAAAAAGUCACCAAAAGAUUUGAAUGACAUUAACAAUGCCUGCAAUAAUCUGUUGAUUGAAAAGUUUAGCCAACAUUUCAAUAGUAUUGACACUAUGUUUUCGGUACCAACUUAUGAUAAAACUGGUAAUACUAUUAAUACAUAUAAAAUCGGUCAGUACACCUGUACUUAUAAUGAUAACAACAACACCACCACCAGUACUAACUCUAUAAUCAGUAGUAGUAGUAGUAGUAGUAGGAGUACUACCAUUAAAGCCAUUGAUAUCAAUAAUGUGCCCAAACUAUGCAAUUAA